UAUCUAACAUCCAUUUCUCUCUUAUAUUUGUUGUAAAAAUAUUACUUUAGAGAGGGAGAGAGAGAGGUAGAGGGAGAGAAUGGCACUCGAAGCCAUGCCACUACAACAAGAUUUAUUUUGUUUCAACUACUGGAACUAUGACGAUGAGAAUGGUUCGUUUGAUUUUCCGGGUUAUCCUCAAAUUCCAGAAGAUUACCAUUACCCGGAUUGGGAUUCUCCAAUCUCCCACGAAUUCCAGCAAUGGGUUCUUCCGAAUUCUUCUCCUUCGUCGGAGCUUUUGCCUUCAAACACAGAAGAGCCGGCGGCGGCGGCGGAUUGUGGCGGCGUAACCAUGCCGGCUCGGCAGCGUAAGCGACGUCCAAGGACGAAGAAAAACCAGGAAGAGAUCGAAAACCAGAGGAUGACUCACAUUGCCGUGGAGCGAAACCGCCGGAAACAGAUGAACGAUUACCUCGCCGUCCUCCGGGGACUAAUGCCGGAAUCUUAUGUCCAAAGGGGCGAUCAAGCAUCAAUCAUAGGCGGAGCAAUAAAUUACGUGAAAGAGCUAGAACAUGAGCUACAAUUCCUGAGUGGAACAAAGCAUGAAAAGGAAACUAUUCAUGAAUCUUCAUCUUCAUCUUCAUCUUCUACCUUCGCGGAGUUCUUCAACAUCCCACAGUACUCCACGGGCAUUACAGGGAAUGUUGAAAGCCUGAGCGGCGGCGCUCCAAACGAGUUGUCUUCCGGAUAUCAACUGGCGGCUGCCGGAGCGGCGGACAUAGAAGUGACAAUGGUGGAGAAUCAUGUAAACCUUAAACUCCGGUCCAAACGGCGGCCUAAGCUUCUGCCCAGAAUGAUCUCCGGGAUCGAAAGCCUUGGCCUCACCGUGCUUCAUCUCAAUGUCACCAAGGCUGCUGCUUUUCUUCUCUGUUCUCUUGGUCUCAAGGUGGAAAAUGGGUGCAAACUGGCAUCUGUGGAUGAAAUAGCAGCUGCAGUGAAUCAGAUUUUAGGUAGGAUUCACGAGGGAUAGUUUGCUUUACUUACUUCAUUUCACAACUCUUCAAUUAUUUAAUUUCUAUAUUAAUGUAUUUCAAAAAAAAAAAAAUGGAAAUAAUAAUUUUGUAGUCAGCUCUCUCAUCAGCCUCCUAAUCA